UAUGAAGGAACCUUGUGAUUGGCUAAAAACUCGACCAAAGAGAGUAGAAAAAGAUAUGCGUAAGUUAGACAUAACGUUCCUCAGUACAUCCUCCCGCCACAUUUGCACUCUUUCAACGGCCAAUCUCAAUUGCAGGAUUAAAAGCUACCUCGACCAAAACUGCGUAAACAAUGCACGUAAACUGUUUGAUGAAAACCCCUCGUCCCGAAAUAUCAUCACGUGGAACGCAAUGAUCGCGGGGUACGUAAGGAACCACCAAAUGCAAUGUGCGCAGGACUUGUUCGAUCAAAUGCCCAAUAAAGACGUGGUUUCGUGGAACACCAUGCUCUCCGGUUUGCACAACACAAAAAAUCCAGUAAGAGUGUAUUUGUGCCUUCUGCAAAUGGGGAGAGUUGGCUUGAGGCCCAAUGAGUAUACCGUGUCAAUAGCAAUCAGCGCUAUUUUGGACUCAGUGUUCAAUGUCUUGGUUUCGCAGAUUCAUGCUCAUGCCGUCUGUUUGGCACAUAAUAUGAGCGUUUUUGUUGGGUCAGCGUUGAUGACAGGGUACACGAGUGUUGGGGAUCAGGUUGGCUUACAGAGAGCAUUUGAUGAGAUAUUGGUGAAAGAUGUUACGUCGUGGAAUGCGUUGGUAUCAGGUUACAUGAAACUGGGUAGCAUGGUUGAGGCUCAGAGGGUCUUUGAUAGGAUGCCAGAGAGGAAUGUCGUUUCUUGGACGAGCUUGGUUAAUGGAUAUGUACGCAAUAAGAGAAUAAACGAAGCUCGGUCUGUAUUUGAUCAAAUGAGUGAAAGGAAUGUGGUUUCGUGGACUGUAAUGAUAAGUGGGUAUGUGCAAAAUCAGAAAGUUAUGGACGCAUUAAAGCUUUUUAUCUGUAUGAUGAAAUCGGGGAGUCGGCCUAAUCAUUUUACAUUUUCAACCGUGUUAGACGCAUGUGCUGGGUAUUCUUCUCUUCUCGUGGGACAGCAGAUUCAUUCUGGCAUCUUAAAGUCUGGUAUACCAAGUGAUGUAAUCUUGUCAACCUCGAUAGUUGAUAUGUAUGCAAAAUGCGGGGACAUUGAUGCCGCAUUAGUUGUGUUUGAGUCGAUGCCAAAGAAGAAUUUGGUGUCAUGGAACUCAAUAAUAGGAGGUUAUGCCCGGCACGGAUUAGCAACAAGAGCAUUGGCAGAGUUCGAAAGAAUGAUAAAGGGUGGUGUUAGGCCUGAUGGAGUUACAUUUGUCAAUGUUUUAUCUGCAUGUGGGCAUGGAGGAUUGAUUGAAGAAGGUGAAAAGUACUUCAACUCCAUGGUUGAGUACGCAAUAAAGGCAGGAGUGGAGCAUUAUGCGUGCAUGGUAGACCUCUAUGGGAGAGCAGGUAAGCUGGAGAAAGCAGAGGAAUUGAUUAGGAGGAUGCCUUUUGAACCUGAUGUUGUUGUAUGGGGUGCAUUGCUUGGUGCGAGUGGCUUGCAUUCGAGUCUGGAAUUUGGUCAGAUUGCUGCCGAUGGAAUAUGCAAAUUCAAAAAUGAUCAUCCUGCAGUAUAUUCAAUGCUCUCAAAGAUUCAUGGUGAAAAAGGAGUAUGGAGCAGUGUAAGCGAGGUGAGGAGAAUCAUGAAGGAGAGGCGUGUUAGAAAGCAAAAGGCAGGUAGUUGGAUCGAGUCUCCUUUCGGUGUAAGAUGAACAAAAUGACAGCGAUUUCUGAUUAAGACAUUUUAUCUAACAAAUUAUAAUUCCAUCAGAGAUAUUUCCAUAUUGUAAAA